AAAUUUGUAUUGUCAAAUUUGGCACUAAAGAAUAUGUUGACGAAAUUUUAUAAAAUUCUGAACUUUUUGAAAUUUUUUAUGCUUUUAGCAUGGUUUAGCAUGGCAACAUUGUAUCGCCUGUACCGAAGCUCCUUAAACUUUACACUCUCGACAAACUUUUUCGUUCUACGCUUUGUCAAAGAGCUCGAGUAACGUGCUCCUAUUUUCGACCAAAAUAUUAUCCGAUCUAAAAUCUCUCGGGAAGCGCUUGAAAAUUCUUCAGAAAUUUCCCACCUCCCCGCUCAAUAUCUUCCAUUCCAACGCGACGUUUUUUCUGUUCGACGAUAAUAGUCACUUGGCAAGUUUGAUUGACAUUCGUAACGAAAUUUUAUUGGAGUUUUCUAACGCAUUCAAGUGCUUCUUUCGACUUGGAAAGAUUGCACAGCUGGGCAAUUCCGGGAUUAUUUUCCGAGUUAAAGACGUACGAGGAAGCUCCGAUGGGCGAUUCUACUUUUGAAAAUGGAAACAAGUAUUUUUAUAAAAUUCGGAUUUUUCGAGUACUUUUGUCUCGUGACCAGGCACGCGUCCUGAGAUCUUUUCGUCUUUGGUACUUUUCAUCUGUUGUUUCUAUCGUAAAAAAUGAUUCGCUAAAGCCCGAGGAAUUAUUGGGCCAUUUAAAAAAAGUUUUUACCUUCGAAAGUUGCCAAAGGCCGCGAUUCGUUUUUCGAAUGGCCGUAAAGACCUGCCAAUUCGAUCCGAAACGUUUCAAUAUAGACAACUUCGAUUUUUCCAAGUCUCUUCGAGCUCCUCAAUUUUCAAAAUGUCCAACUGUCUAUUUCGAUUGUGAAACAGCAGCACCGACCGAGACGGCCUUAAUCGGUCAACUUUACAGUUCGUCGUCGCCUCAGCCCGUCCUUAUCAUCGACUGUUUAACCAGCUUGUUUUUCAAUGACACAAUAUUUUUUCCUUCUAUCGUUUCGUUAAAAAACCGUCUCGAAAUUAAAAGCCUCACCAAAACUAUGAAAAUGGGCUCUGAAAAUUAUUAUUUUAUUCCUUAUCAGCUAUCCGAUAAGCCAGAUGUAAAUAUGAGCCAAUAUUUGGGCUCGGUUGACGCGUCAGAAAUUGUAGAUAUCGAGCACUUUAAAUACGAUAGUUUUCAGUCCACUCCUGCUACUCCGCAGCCUCGAAUCAUCGUGAAUACAUCAGUUUUUUUACAAGCGAAUUCCACGAGGGCCUGGGUCGUUUUUAAACAUGUGGCAAUCGGGCGUACUCUGGGGCUUGGCACUGGCGAGUUUUGUCGCUAGUCAAUCGAGCGCACUCGACGAAGGAUCCGACUGCCCUUGCAUUGCUUUUCCCAAGUGCCGAAAACGUGGAGAACGUCGCAGGGAAUGCCAGUCUGGAAAAGCACUUUACCUCACGCCCCUCCUGGAGGCUGGCCACGUCGACGAGGCGAGAAAGAAAGCCCGAGUGAAUCGUCGCUUGAUGUGCAACGUCGAAAGUUACGCGGGCUACUUCACCGUCGAUAAGACCUUCAAUUCGAACUUGUUCUUCUGGUACUUCCCGGCUAAGCACGAUUCAGCGAGGGCUCCCGUCGUGCUGUUCCUCCACGGUGGCCCCGGCGUGACUUCCCUCUUCAGCUUGUUUUUCCUAAACGGUCCAUUUUCCAUCGGAUCUGAGAAGACGUGUCCGAAGCUGCGAGCCGAGUCCUGGACGAACAAGCACAACGUGAUUUACAUCGACAACCCGGUCGGGACCGGUUACAGUUUCACGGAGUGGGAGGGCGCUUUGCCAACGACGGAGAUGCAGAUCGGGGAGGAGCUGCGAAGAGCGAUGGUUCAGUUUUUCCAGCUCUUUCCGGGGCUCCGCUCCAACGACUUCUUCGCGAUCGGCGAGUCGUACGCCGGGAAAUACGUGCCAGCGGUCUCGUACGCGAUCCAUUUGCACAACGGGGUUGUGGAGGAGGAGAAAAGGAUUAAUUUGAAGGGAAUGGCGAUCGCGAACGGCUACACGGACCCGGUGAACCAGCUCAGGUGGGCCGAAUAUCUCUACGCGGGUGGCCUCCUCGACGCGGACGGCAGGGAGCAGUUCCUGGAGCUCGAGAAACAGGCCAGGGACUUGAUCCUCAAUCAUCAACACUCCGCGGCUUACGAGGUCUACGAUAAACUGAUCGGAAAUGGGGCCUCUCUCUUCAGGAAUUUGACCGGGUAUGAGGCCACGGCCAACAUCCUCGAAAGGAACAUUUCGAUGAGGCCUGAAGUCGUGAUCAAGUGGGUCGAUCAUCCCUACGUUCGUCGCGCACUCCACGUCGGCGCCAGACAAUUUACUCCAUUUUCCGAAAAAGUUUACGAUCGUCUGAAAACCAACAGGUUCCAGUCCCAGGCGUACCUCGUCGCAGCCCUCCUCGAGCAUUACCGCGUCCUCGUCUACACCGGCCAACUCGACAUCUUCUGUCCUUACUCCUCCGUCCAAAAUUACCUGGAAAAAUUGUCCUGGUCCGGAGCCGAGGAAUUCAAAACCGCUGAGAGACAACUCUGGCGCGCCGCCGACGGCGAUCUCGCCGGUUACGUCAAAAAAGCCGGCAACCUUAGCGAAGUCCUCGUCAGGAAAGCCGGACAAUUGCUCUUCCUCGAUCAACCCCAAUGGACUCUUGAACUGUUGGAGAAAUUCACUCACGGAUCCCUUUAGACGAGGAACCGUGUCUCGACGCUCCGUAGGGGCGGAGAAUUCUUUUUUUAAUCUUAAUUUUCAAGGAUAUAUAUACUGAGAAAAUAUAAAUAAUCGAGCCUGAAAUAUUCAUUUUUAUCUCCGAUCCGAAACUAAAAGUUCCGAGGGGGAACUGAAAAUCGAUGAAUUUCACGAGUUUUUAUGAGGGCGAAGCUCGUGGCCUUCCAAAUUCUCGAUCAUUAUCUCACCUGGAAACUAUAAAAAACGAUCUUCACCAAAUUUCAGAUUUUAUUCGAGAUUUAAUCUCGAACUUUUUCGUGGCAAAGUAUUUUUUCGUACAUUUUAAUUUAUUUCAAGGAGAAUCUCUGAAUUACGUGAAUUCAUUGUCAGAAAAAAAGCGUUUAUGGCGUUUAUACAGGGAACGAAUAAAAGCUACUUCUAUGAAAGUUUGUCUC